GUUGUGUGUGGCGGUUGCCGUGACCGGACCGAGAGCGCGAUGCCCGAGCCGGCCAAGUCGGCGCCCGCCCCCAAGAAGGGCUCCAAGAAGGCGGUGACAAAGACCCAGAAGAAGGGCGACAAGAAGCGGCGGCGCAGCCGCAAGGAGAGCUACUCCAUCUACGUGUACAAGGUGCUGAAGCAGGUGCACCCCGACACCGGCAUCUCCUCCAAGGCCAUGGGCAUCAUGAACUCCUUCGUCAAUGACAUCUUUGAGCGCAUUGCUGGAGAAGCCUCCCGCCUGGCCCAUUACAACAAGCGCUCCACCAUCACCUCCCGGGAGAUUCAGACGGCCGUGCGCCUGCUGCUCCCGGGAGAACUG